CCCCACCUUGGGGCAUGGAGAACCAUAUACCUGUGAUAUUUCUGGACCUGAAUGCUGAGGACAUGACCAUGCCAGAGCAGGGGAUCCACGCCGCUGGCGUCAACUCCAUCCUACCCAAGGAGUUUGACUCCAAGUUCUUUGAACUGCCAAUACUUAAAGCACUGGACAAGGAUGUUGGUGCCAUUGCAUCUUGGGAUUCCUCCAUUCACGAAUCUGUUCAUCUUAAUCGGGUCACCCCUGACAACGAACUGGUGUACCUUAUCGUCAAGGUUGUAGUUCGCCUAAGUCACCCAGCACCAAUAGAUAUAAUUCUACGCAAAAGGAUAUGCGUCAGUGUAUAUAAGAGACAGAGUCUUACCAAUAAACUGAAGAAAAAGAUAGGGGGGAUCAAUUAUUUUAAAGGGCACGAGACAAUGCAGCGUAUCUUGACGGCGGCACACAUGAAAGAGGACAACCUCUACAGCUCUUGUAUCACCUUUGAAGUUGUCUCCAAUAUACCAAAGGCGUCAGAAGAGCUAGAAGACAGAGAAACCCUGGCACAGAUGGCUGCCUCUCAAAAUGAGUCUGGGAUGCCAGACGGAGAGUCCUAUAUCGAGAAAUAUAUCAAGGGCGUGUCAGCAGUGGAAAGUAUACUGCUGCUAGACAAGUUAAGACAGGAAGUGGCUGUGAAGGAACUGCUCUCGGCAGAAGGACGAUCUCUGAAGAAGACAUCAAGUGUACCUAAUAUACAAGCUGCCUUGAGAAUGGACAUGUCUCCCCACCUCAGUUCACCUUUGGAUAACCAGCUGCGGGCAGAGAGUAUACAAGAUGUCUCUCAGCUGUCAAUGAACUCUGGUGGCAAGAAGGACACACUAAGGGAGAGCAAGAGCAUGGGAGCUGCCUUUGGAUUGGGGAACUUAGCUCGCCCUACUUCCUUGGAUUUAGGUCUCAAUUUUGUGGGUUUGACCGACUCGCAUGAGCACACAACUAACCCUCUGAAGAGGGACCCCGCACGUCUCAUGCGCAUGUACGCGCCCAAGCCCUAUAAGGGGUUUGAUUUUGCCAAACCUAAACUGCGUCGCAGUCUGAGCGGCGGGGACCCCUGCGGGUUGGGGCCGUCGUCGCGAGGUGGUUCAGAGGGUCCAUGCCCCCUGCCAAAGUUCACCAGUCCUACCACAGCUAAACCAGUGAAGCCUAUGAGAACUUUGAUGGAGGAGCAACAACUCAAGAAACCUCUCCUCAACGGAGAUGAUUCUGAUGAAGAAGAACUAGCAACACGCCUGUCCCCUGAUCGUCCAAAGCCACCAAACCAUCGUGGUGCCAGCGUGAGCAGUGAUGAAUUCCAAGAUUUUGAGUCGUACAAAGCACCACAUUCUGACAAAGAUGGAGUAAAACCGAGCUCGGCUCAGAACAGUCCGCCAAAAGAUGGCAUUGGUAUCAGUCACUCCAACACUGGUGACAGCAUCUCUGAACUUCAAGUGAAAACGCUCACUCCAAGUAUGACGUCGAGCGGUUACGGCUCACAAGCUGUGUCGACCCAUACUCUCUCCUCUGCCUCGGAGGAUUCCACCAGUCUACAGAGCAUUGAGGAUUCCGAGGCCGAUAAACACAAGCAUGAUAUCGUGGAAGAGAAACAAAAGAGCACCAGUGACGAGGAUGAUGAAGAGGUGCAAAGCAUCAAAACUGUGACUGAGAACAAAGCAAAUGACACAAAAAUAGCCGAUAAAGUGCCAGGACCAGUUGCUAUGGAAACCACAGAUUUGACCAAUGAGGAAGCAGACAGUCCUGACGAUGAGGCAACUCCAAGGGUAGCACAGGAAGCUUCCACUGAAAACAAGACUAAAGAAUUAUCAUCCACUGAAACGGAGGAGGCAAAAAUGGUGCAUGCAAAGUCAUUGGACAGUAUUGAAAAGCCGUCAGACUCGAAAACGAGUGAAAUUGAGGCAUUAACAAUGCCCCCUGUGAAUUCCCUGAAAGACCAAACCUUUAUGUCUCCCCAACCAGACAGUCGUCUGACAAGGUCCUUCCCAAACCUUCCGGAUAGUAGCUUUGACACAACAUCCGAGGAUCCUCCUGAUUACGACCCCUACAGCGAGGAAGCCAUGGAACAGCUGGAGAGAUUGGGCGACCUGGACUUUGCUAUGCUGGCGACAUCUAGUGGUGAUGGCAUGAGGAAGUCACACAGCGCUGAUGCUGCAGCUGGAGACCGGUCGAGUAUGAGUAUGGAUGAUGACAACUCAGAUGAUACUGAUGAUGCCAUGAGUCUUUGCUCAUUUGGCGGAAGUCGUGCAGACCUGAGUCGAAUUGGACACGGUCCAGUGCCAUCUUGGAUUCAGCCAGGCGAGCCUGUCAUUGUGACCUCCUCACGGGGGCCAUCUAAGCUGGGCACAGUGAGAUUUGUGGGGCCAACAGAAUUUGCUCAAGGGCCAUGGGUGGGUGUGGAAUUGGAUGCAGCAGAAGGUAAAAAUGAUGGCGCCGUGAAAGGAGUCCGCUACUUCCGCUGCAUGAAGAAACACGGCAUAUUUGUCCGCCACGAGAAACUGAUCUGGGACAAAAAAAGGAAAGGCGGGCCAAUGAAAGGUGCCGGACACCCUCAUAGAAGGAGUUUUCCAAAUUUCCCAGUUACUUCUCCCCCUGGUGGCAGUUUUAUGAAACCUACGGCUGCCAGCUCUGCCAAGAAAAAAUGAAGGAAAAAAAUAAAAGAUGACUUACCAUGACCUUGCUCUUUUCUACUUAUAACCUUUGCUUAUUUACAUAUCUCCCGGAGUUCACAGCUGAUGUCUUUUUAACAAUUUACAGCAGUGAAUGCUUAUGGAACAAAACCAUAGAUGGCAGGACUGAUCAAGACAAUAUUUUGGUUCUAUCAAUAGCUUAGAAGAAUUUCCUUGAAAACAGGUUUCAAAAUGUGCAGUAUGACUUUAUCUGGUGGGUAAGGUGCCAGGUUGGAAGAUCUACCUACCCACCCUCCUUGGAUCUACUAAUGAACAGAAACAUUAAAAGGUCACAUAUUAAAGGAGUCGAAGGAAGGCCCAGCAUCUGCUACUAAAAUUCAGAAUUUUCUAGUAGGUGGACUCCUUCAAAUGUUACUCACUCACCAGCAGAAAAGACUCUUAAAGAAAAGCAAAGGAUGCUAUUCACAGCUUUAUCAGCCAAGUUUUUUUUUCUCCUAGCAGUGUAUCAGUGCUACCAAGUCUUGAAAACCAUGUUAAUCUGGCUCAUUUCAAUAUUUAUAGAUUCUGUUACAAGUCCAGAUUCAUGAUUUUAGUGUACUGGAAACCUUCACUGUCUUUUUGGUCUGCUCUUAGGUCCACAGGCAAUUUUUACAAUUAGAGCUUCCUCUUGUGUUAGUUGUGAUUGUUGCUAUUCAUUUGUUGUGAGGUUAGUGUAUCUCAUUGUGUUAGUUGUGACAGUAGAGUAUCCCAUUGUGUUAGUGGUGACAUAAAAACUCAUUGUGUUAGUUGUGACAGUAGGCCAUCUCAUAGUGUAAAUGGUGAGAGUAAAACAUCCCAUUGUGUUAGUUAUGACAGUUAAACACUUUAAUAGGCAAAGUAUAAACAUCAUUGUUUAUUGCAAUAAUACGAGUGCUUGGUAUUUUGAUGCCUCAAUGUACAUACCUUACUUGUCAGGUGAUUGUUUCUGUUUUUAAAUGAUAAAAAAAAAACGUGAUGAUACUUUUCCUUUCCUCGGCACAAAGAGCUGUCUUUAUCAGCAUGAUAGCAUGAGCAAUGGCAAUUGAAUAAUUGGGUCAAAGAAACCGGGUCAUAUUAACUACAUCGUAUGGAAGGAACCGUUUCGAUAAGCAUAAACGAUGACUUUCUGUUUUGACAGGAUAUAAGGUAUAACAGAUGGUGUCAUAGAGAUCAAAAAGAUACACUGAUUUCUGAGUACUGUAAGAAAGGUUUAAGGUGUGAAAUGUGGGUUUUUGAUUUCAGUUGUCAAAAAUGUAACCAUCUUACAAUGUACAUCUGCCCACAGGUGUGCAACAUGCUAGAUAAGGACACUCUUUCAUCUUGGGAUAAAGGAAAAAUUGUGACUCUUUCAUCUUGGGAUAAAAGAAAAAAAAUUAGACUUUCGUCUUGGGAUAAAGGAGAAAUUGUGACUCUUUUAUCUUGGGACAAAGGAACAAUUUUGACUCUUUGAUCUUGGGAUAAAGGAAAAAUUGAAACUCUCUGGGAUAAAGGGUAAUAUAUAAUUUGGUACUUACACAGUUGACUACAAGAAACUUUUUCUUAUGUACCUAACAAAUCUAUGUUUAGACAAAUGUCAUUAAUUGUGUUCUUAUAAAAUGAGUAUGUAAUUACCGUAGCAAGGUGGCACUUUUUACAUGUUAUCCUAUAAAGCACAUGACAUGAUGGAUGAAGAUGAAAUAUUUUAUGUGAAUUAUAUGUUAUUGAUAAUAUUCUUAUUCUGUAACUGGAAUUGAGGAAACUUUUUCUUUUUGUCAGUCCAGUAAAAGAAUGAGAUAUUAAUAAUUACAGAAGUACAUUAUUUCAUCUCGAUAUCUUAUUACCUUGAGAAAAUUGUGAUUGUUUAUUUUUUAUUGAUCAUUUUAAUAAUUUAAUUAUUUAUUUAAUUAAUUGUUUUUAUUUAUUUUUAUUUUUAUUUAAUUAUUUUUUAUUUAAUUAUUAUUUUAUUGCUUAAAUAUUCAAACUGUGAUCUAACAAUUGAAAUGUGCAAACGAACAUGAAGUAUGAUUUCAGGCACAAUGACACAAUUCUUAUCCAAAAUUGAGGUUUCUCUUUAGUACCCCAACCCAGUGGCAUUAUAUUAAUUUCAUUCCAUUAUUAUUACAUUAUUAUACAGUUUUCGUUGAAGUCUUCUUGAGUAUUAUCUUGCAUUUGAUGAUUUGUCCACUUUCUGUCUUCUUUAUGGUUUCCUCAUUAAGCAGUCACAGUGUUUUCAUGAAUUUGUUGGCCCUGUCCUGACCAGUGGCACCACCUAUCUAUUAAUUCUACAAACCACUGGCACUGCUUGUUGUCUGCUGCAUAUUUAUAUAUUUAUUUUUUUAUUUUUUUUCAAAAUGUGUUUUUGUGGUUGUGAUAUUUCCGGGGAAAAAAUAUGCCCAAGAUUAAGCUUUGAUUCAGACGUGCAUUGUCUGAAUUUUGUUGAUCCCUUGAGCAUUAAAUUUGAAGCUGUAAAUAAUAGAAAAAAAAUAAUAAAAGAGUCUGCAUUGAACCCAAUAAAGUUGUGUUGACAACACCAGGAAGUAAUGACCACAAGUACAGUAUGGAUAUGUUAUGAUAGAGAGCAGUUUUUUUUUAAAGGUGACAUUAAAUGUUGUUGAUAGAAAUGUUUAACAUUGUGAUAUGAUAGAAAUGCUUGUGACGUUGUUUAAGCUGCUGCUUUGCAGGGAUAUAGUGUACCUAUUAUUUGCAGUACUACAUUGUAUAUAAAAAAUGUACAACAUAUCAAAACAUAAAGAGAUACAAGACACUGAAACUGUAUAAGGUCGUACAUUCUGAAAGAAGAAAAGUUCAAUUUUUUGUCACAAAAAAAAGUAAAAUCUGUGCUGCAAGUCUUGGAAAUUUUAAAAAGCAGUUUAUUUCUGCCAACUGCCUUUAGUUUCCAUUGAUGUAUAGUUUAUACUUUGUUGAUAUGUAUCAUAGGAUCUGAGGAAUACGGUUUGAUUCUCGUUUAGUGUUGAUGAUGUGUAAGACUGUUGAAAAUAAAAUAAGUCGCUGGUCUGGUUCCCAUCAGGACAAACUGAGACCAGAAAUAAACAAAUUGAUGCAUUCACAUCAGGACUAAAAUAGAUCGGUUGGCACCAACAGACAUUGCUACACAAAAGAGCCCAAAAUUUGAUGUGUACUUUUUACCCUAUUGAUAAUUAGUAAAAAGUCAAUUAAAGGAAAUGUUUUAUGUCAGGAUGAAGAUUUGGCCAAUGUUACAGUGACAUGCUUACGUACUAAAUUUGAGUGGAUUCUUACGCGUUUUAUAUUGAAGAGAAGUAGACUAUAUUUUUGUUCUGAAAGUCAAGUCCAAUUGUGGGGCUUCAGCACCUUUGUGAAACCAGUAAGAAUCCUAUAGCACUUGUCAGUAUAGAAAUAAUCACAGUUGGUUUUACAUAUGUUCUAGUAUUUAACACAGAUAUUUGGCUAUAUGAUAGGUGCCAGCUAUCAAAGUCUGAAAAUUUUAUAACCAGUUAAUGACAGAUUGCUCAAAAUGGGAAAUCAAGAUUUAUGGACUUGAUAGUUUUAUGUGUGGUGAUGUCAUUUAGUCAAUAUCUGGUCUAAGUUAGUCAUGGUGUGAAUGCAGCCAUGGUCAACAGGUGAAUGUUUAUAAAGGGUGGAGGAUGGGGUUUACAAAGAGCUGCAAGCUUUGUUCAUGUUUCUUGUUAUAUGUGAUUUUUUUACUACGUGUAUAUUGUGGUAGUGCAAUUACUACAUAUGUUGUUAUUAUUAUUAUUAUUGAUUAUUAUCAGGACAUUUAUUUGUACCCAAAGCAUGGAAUGUAUACGUGUUUCGGCAAUAUUUACCAAUUCUUUUUUUUUAGAUAUAUUCAGGUAGCACAAGUUGAAGCUGUGACUUACACGUUGCACUGCCUUUUGCCGUUGUGCAUCUUUCAGCAAACACGACGCUUGCCUAUAAUGUGCCGUUUUCAGUAGUUUAGUGGCAGUUUGCGUUUACAUGACAGAUUUUAUGUACAGUGUAUGACCAUCGUGUUUAGCCCAAUUUUGACCUAAAUAAUAUUUAUGACCUAAUUAAUAUUUAUAUACAAUAACUGAUAAACAUAGGUCACAUACGUGCAGUGGUCUUAUUGAAUAUGGACAAAAUGUGGAUGUAUUGCCGAUUUAAGAAUUAGUGGCAAUUUAUUUGAUUAUUUAUUCAACGCUUUUCAUUCCAUCUUAGCAUUGCAGCUUUUCUUAGAAAAGUGUCCAGUGUAAUUAAAACUGCGCGAGCAACAGU